AGGCACAAAGCAUACACUCACAAGCACGUUCACGCUGACUGCAGUCUGACUCCCUCAAGCUUCCAGCAGCAGCUCUACAUAUCUCGUCCCUUCUCCCGCUUGUCCUCUACCAUCUCUAUUUCCCUUCCUUACUCCCCUCCUCUCUUGUUGUGUAGCUCUUCAACCCUCCGUCCUCCACAGCUCUGACUCAUUCAGCUUUCCUUCUUUCGUCCGAGCCAAGCUGAAUCAGACGACCUGGAAACAUGUCCUCCAACGUGCCCUCUGGUGCCACAGCUGGGGGCACCGGGGCCAAAAGCCAGCCCCUCUCACCCUACAAGAAGAGGGGAAGCCUGCAGUACACGGCCGGCACAGUUGAUCUCCGUGGUCCUCGCCGCCUCCUCACUUCCCAGCAUUCUUUGCCUGGGAUCCCAGUGGCCUUGAAACAGUCCAUUGACCUGCGCACUUCCAUGGAUGGGAAAUACAAAGAGAUUGCCGAGGAGUUAUUCUCCCGCAGUCUGGCGGAGAGUGAGAUGCGGAGUGCACCUUACGAGUUUCCCGAAGACAGCCCCAUUGAACAGCUGGAGGAGAAGCGUCACCGCCUUGAGCGACAGAUCAGCCAGGAUGUCAAGUUUGAGCCUGACAUCCUUCUGCGAGCCAAGCAGGAGUUCAUGAAGACUGACAGUGCCACAGAUCUUGAGUUCAUGAAGGAGCAGAGCCAGUCUCCUGAGCAGCAGGAGAGAGAGCUGACGGGAGAGAGGGAGUACCAGCGAGUCACUAUUUCUGGAGAGGAAAAAUGUGGGGUUCCCUUCACAGAUCUAUUGGAUGCUGCCAAAUGUGUGGUGAAGGCUCUGUUCAUCAGGCAAAAGUACAUGGGUCUGUCACUGCAGACCUUUUGCAGGACCACGGCUCGUUACCUGCAGGAGCUGAGCGAGAGACCUUUGGACUUGGAUAUUUAUGAGGAAGAAAUCACAGAGACAACAGUCACUGCGGAUAACACAGUGCACCCACCUGCUUCGAAAACGCAUCCCUACGAGAGCCAGGACGCUGCCAGCAUGCACGCUGAUGUGGGCUACGGCUGCAAGAUGGUGGACGGUGUCAUGCAUGUGUACACGUCGAAGAACGUCAUGGAAAAGAGCACGGAGCUGGACCUGCCGUACCCAGACCUGCGGGAGUACAUCGCUGAUAUGAACGUCAUGAUGGCCCUCAUUAUUAACGGACCAGUAAAGUCAUUCUGUUAUCGUCGUCUGCAGUAUCUCAGCUCCAAAUUCCAGAUGCACAUCUUGCUGAACGAGAUGAAAGAGCUGGCAGCACAGAAGAAGGUGCCACACCGAGACUUUUAUAACAUCCGUAAGGUUGACACUCACAUUCACGCGUCAUCUUGUAUGAACCAGAAACACCUCCUACGUUUUAUCAAAAGGGCCAUGAAGAAGUAUCCUAGAGAAAUCGUGCACGUGGAGAAGGGCAAGGGUCAGACGCUCAUGGAGGUGUUUGAGAGCAUGAACCUGACAGCUUUCGACCUGAGUGUUGACACUCUGGACAUGCAUGCAGACCGAAACACUUUCCAUCGAUUUGACAAGUUCAAUGCCAAAUACAACCCCAUUGGUGAAUCCAUCCUGAGAGAGAUAUUCAUUAAAACAGACAACCACAUCGAAGGGAAAUACUUUGGUCACAUUAUUAAGGAAGUCAUGGCUGACCUCGAGGAAAGCAAGUACCAGAACGUAGAGCUCAGGCUGUCGAUCUACGGACGCUCCAGAGAUGAGUGGGAUAAGCUGGCCAAGUGGGCCGUCAAGCAUCAGGUCUACUCCGACAAUGUGCGCUGGCUUAUGCAAAUGCCACGACUCUUUGACGUCUACCACACAAAGAAACAACUGUCCAACUUCCAGGAAAUGCUGGAGAACAUCUUCAUGCCUCUGUUUGAGGUUACAGUUGCUCCCUGCAGCCAUCCAGAGCUGCACCUCUUCCUCCAACACGUUGUUGGUUUUGACAGCGUGGAUGACGAAUCAAAACCAGAGCAGCAUAUCUUCAACCUGGACAGUCCACUGCCAGUCAACUGGACUGAGGAAGACAACCCGCCCUAUUCCUACUACCUCUACUAUAUGUAUGCAAACAUGACUGUGCUGAAUCACCUGCGCAGACAGCGAGGCUUUCACACACUCGUCCUACGACCUCACUGUGGGGAAGCCGGGCCGAUCCAUCACCUGGUGUCUGGCUUCAUGCUCUCCGAGAACAUCUCCCAUGGGCUGCUGCUCAGGAAGGCUCCUGUGCUGCAGUAUCUGUACUACUUGGCUCAGAUCGGCAUCGCCAUGUCGCCUCUUAGCAAUAACAGCCUGUUCCUCAGCUACCAUCGUAAUCCCCUUCCAGAGUACCUGUCCAGAGGGCUCAUGGUCUCUCUGUCGACAGAUGACCCUCUGCAGUUUCACUUCACCAAGGAGCCCUUGAUGGAGGAGUACAGCAUCGCUGCUCAGGUGUGGAAGCUGAGUUCCUGUGACAUGUGUGAGCUGUCUAGAAACAGUGUGCUUAUGAGUGGAUUCUCUCAGCAGGUGAAGAGUUAUUGGCUUGGCCCCAGCUACAAUAAGGAAGGAGAGGAAGGCAAUGAUAUCAGGCGCACCAACGUUCCUGACAUCCGUGUGCAGUACCGCUACGAGACCAUGUGUGAGGAGCUGAAUUUAAUCACACAAGCCAUUCGCACAGAUGAGCUGGAGACGAUCGAGGAGGAUGGGACGCUGUGUAUUGGAACAGUGCAGGCGGAGAAGUGAAUAUGCAGCACAACUCAAAUAAAAUUCUUACUACGGUCCCUGUUUCAUGUUCAUAUUUGUAUACAACCAUAUUAUAUCUGUUUGUUAUAAGGUUCCUUUUGAGAGCUGCUGCUGAGAAGACAAUUUAUGAACCCAGGGGUUACUGUGUUGUUUUUUCCACUAGUCAUCCUUUGAUUAAUUACUCUUCAUAUCACAAAAUGUCUCUUGGACCUACAGUAUGUUUUUUUUAAACUUUAGGGUUUGUGGCCAUGUUAUGUUCUGCAUGUCUUCUGUACGCCUGUAACUCCUGUACCAAGCCUUGGAUAAUAGCUGCCUUGAAAAGCAAACCAAUAAAACAUCCACUGGAAAGACAAUCUGGAACAAAAUUUGCAAAUAAGAGGAUUUCUGACUUUACAGUAGGGCUGUAGUUAACCAUCUUCUAAACAACGUCUGUGGUUGUUUUCAGAACUGCCUGAUUGUACUGAUACAAGCAAUUGCAUCUUCAGUAGUAUGCGAAAAAUACUAGAAUUGUGUGCUAUUUCUGGCUGAAAUGUCCAGUCGGCAAUUCCCCAGUUUAUUUGUAUAUUGUAUUACAUGAUACAGUUUGCCACUAGAGCCAAAUCUGGUCAGAGCGGUCAAAUGACCAGCUUCCAGUUGUCUUGCAGCGUAGUUGCUUUUCCAGUGGCAUGCAACAUAUUACCAUCAACCACCAGAAAAGUAUGCAGUACAUACUGCAUACUGCGUUGUAUGAGCAAUAUGCGGUGUGCAUUUUGGAAAACAUGUACAGGCAGUGUUUUAAAUGACCUUCCAGUGCUACCGUAGAUACACAGUGGUUCAAUAUGCCAAAGGGAGCAUUGUUGUUGAAUAUUAACUGUUUUUGCCAAGGUGAUGAAUACUCAUGCAUUUCUGAAGAAGGAAAAGUUACAUGGUUCGAAAAACUAUAAAUAGCAUUUCUAUAGGCCAGUAUUUUACAGAGGAAUUUUCUUUAAAGCAACCCUCCAGAGGCUCAAUUUUCCAAAAGAAAUAACAAAAUGAUUAGAAUAGUAUGACCAAACAAAAAUGAUUUAAUAGGGUUUUGGUGCUGCAGGGAGAAGUGAAUGAAUAAGGACCUCAGUAUCGUUAAAAUGCUAACCACAGCUCUGAAUUCCUACCAGAUUAGAGUUUUAAAAGAGGAGUUGAACAGGUGAUGUAAACACUUCUAAGAGGUCUCACAAUCAAAACAGAAGCACUCUUUUUGUCCUGUGCUGGUUAACAUUUUUCAUACAGAACCUCAUGUUGUAUAAUCCAAAGAAUAAUCUCCACCUUCAGUUGUCCAGCGGUUUCUUUUGUUGCAGUCUGUACAGUGAUUCAGUCAGGUUGCAUGGGAGCACGUCAAUAUUCUUGUAUUAUGUGAUGAUAAACAUUUUUAGUAUGGCUUUGUUUUUGUUUUUUUACCAUGUAUUUUACAAACACAUAAAACACAUUUGUUAUUAGCACAGUGCAUGAAGCAUGCUGAUCAGUUAUUUCCGUUUUCACCUCUCAUGGACAAUUAAACCAUUGCCAAAUCCACAAACACGCUGUGUUUUUAGAUAAGUGAGUCAGCUAACCUUUUUGACCUUUUCAAACUCCUGGCUAGUGUUUGAAUUCUGUUGUCAUCAGCAAUACUGAUCCCUAUGUCCUCUCUGCAGUAUUGUAUUUGCUGUUUGUAAAACAUUAUUUAUUUGUGUCUAUUAAAAAUAAAUAUUACUCUUAUC